AUGAGUGACCAAAUAUAUUUAAUUCCUGAGAUUCAUAAAUCAAGUCCAUUCUUUUGGGCCCAACAUGCAGAACAAGUUUCUUUGAUGCCAAUUCCAAUUUCAGGUGUAAAGCUUUAUGCCGAUACAAAAGAGUUAGAUUCGUAUGCUUCUUUGAGAACCAUUAUUGUUGUAGAGCAAGAAACUAAAACAAGUAAACUUUAUCCCGUUCGAUUUACAAAGAAAGUUCCAAACUUUGAAGCACACGGCUUUUCGAUUAAGCAAUGUCCUCACGGAAACAUUGUUUAUAUGAAACUCGAAGAUUUUUGGAAAAUUAAUAAAAAUAGCUCUUUUGUCGCAAUUUCAGAUGGCGACUGGCUAUGCAGUAAAAAACAUUACAAAAUAACUGCAGCACUUUACCAUUUAUCACUCUUACCAUCAUUAAAUAAAGCCGUUUUCAGAACUCAAAUUGAUUCAAAAAUCGAAGAAGAUUUAAACUUAAUGUAUGAUGUCAGUGGCGAAAUACUUGAAAUGCUAACGUUAAUCUUCAAAAAUGUUGUUUUUGGUUUAGAAUUUUUCGGAUUUUGCAAUGAUUGCAGCGAAGAACAAAAAAGACGACUAUUACAUAUCAAAGAUCGCUUACAAACUCGCAAAGUAUGCGUAGCUUUUAGCCAAAUUGAUUUUGCAAUAUUAAAUUACAAUAUGUUUUGUUACAAAACGGAUUCAUGCCGUAUUACAAGUUAUUCUUACUUACAUUUAAUGAAAACUCUCAAUAUUGUCGAAAGAAUUAUAAUACAGCUUGGUUUUCCUGUUAGUAAAAAUAAAAGAUUCGAAUCUUUAACUCACAACAUCAAAAAGAUACAAAAAGAGUUCCAUAUUCCUAUAACAGGUAUAUGUGACCAGCAAACUCUUCAAAAACUAUGGAGCAAUACCAUUGUCAAGAGUGUUCAAAUGAAAUCAAUUUUCAAAGAUCUCGGAACCACUUCAGAAGAACCUAAGAAGGAGCAGAUACUGAUCCAAUGUUUACCUGAUGAUACGCCCGCUCAGAAAGUGCUUGCAGAAAACAUUAACAGAUUUAUCGGAAAAAUUCCAAUUACUUCGAAUGCUUCUGAAAUUUUGAGAGAAAAUAUCAACUCUAAUUUGUCCGAAAUCGCUCAAAGAUGCGGAACUCUUUCACAGAGAAUCAAUAAUAUUGUGAAGAGAACUGAUAACGCGACAAAUGUUGUUCACAGACUUGAAUCGUCUAAUUCGAGAUGCGACGAGAGUUUGGAGAAAGCAGCAAUCACAUUAAACCAAGUUUUGGAAGAUCACAGAAAAGUUCAGCAGCAGUUUGUUGAAAUUAGAGAAAGUAUCACUGCACAGAAGAAAAGAAACAUGGUGCUCCAAAUCUUUGGUGGUUUGAUGCUUCUUUUUUAUUUGUAUAAAUUCAUUCGCUAA